AGUGUAGGGAGAGUCCCAGCUUUAAUCAUGAAGACAAACCUCCCCGCUUAAUUGAGUUAUUUGUAUUUCUACCCUACCUUCCAGUGCAUGCCAGCUCUUAAACACGGUGCUUUAAACAGUUUCUUCCGCCAACCUAGAUGUCCUUCCCUUCUCUGCUUCUUCUAUUUAGGGAACUAGUUGAUCAUCCAUUUGUUAGAGACUGCCUGAUUCUAGCCGGCUCUCCCCUAAUAAAGGUGAAGAAACAUGUACCUGUGGGAUUAAUGGACAUCGUGCUUGAUGCUGGCAUCCAGACAGUUCUAGAAUUCAUGAUGUCUUACCAAGAGAUCGAGGAAGCGCAAGAAAAAAGUAUCGAACGCCUUCUGGAGCUCUUAAAAAAAGAAGACGUGGAUAUACAUACCUUCCUGGGACUUCUGGAGCCUGUGACUUGCGCCAUCAAUAAUCACAUGGAUUCUCCGGAAGUACAGUUGGCAGGAUACUCUUUCCUGCUUGAGCUCACAGGCAGAGCUCUGGGGAAGAACCUGAAGGUGGAGAUGCUGGCCUGUGAGAACAUCCUCGGUUGCCUCCUGAAUUCCAUGAGGACCUAUUCGGACAAUGAAGGACUGCUGUGGAUGAUUUGCACUUUAUUCAUGAUGAUGUCAACCCGUGAAGCCGCUGUGGAAGCCCUGAGGAAAGCCGGGGUCUUCACGGACAUGCUGACCAUCCUGAGUAACUUUGCUCAUAACAAGAAUAUCAGCCUGGCCUGCUGUGGGGUCAUCUGGAGUCUGGUUGCAAACGGCACCGACGUGGCCGAAUACCCGCUAAAAUACGCCAUCGAAGUGGUCUCCAUCAUCCUCCACACGCACCUCGAUGACGGAGAAACCGCCGAGUCAGCGUGCAGCGCUUUCUGGGCCCUCUCUCUUCACGGCUGCAUAGACGAAGCUCAUUACGAACCCUACGCCUUACUUCUGUUGGAGGCGCUCCGGCGACACCCGGCAAGACCCGUGCUGGCCAAGAACGCUUGCUUGGCUCUGGCGAGCCUUUUGCGGACCUCCGGUAAACCCCUUCCCAUCCUAAGAAACGGGGCUGUCUGGCCAAAAUUAAAAAUCGAAAGGACCGGGGCCUAUGAAAAGCUAGCGCGUUGUUUCAACGUAAGCCUUUGUCCCUGCCAAUCCACUUCUUUGGCUGAUGUGCCUCGGGACGCAGUCUUGAAUCCCAUGAAAAUCCACACGGCCAGUCUUUAAUAAGGGGCCAAAAUACAGUGGUGCCCUGCAUGAUGAUGA